CAGAGAGAGAGAGAGAGAGAGAGAGAGAGAGAAUGUCAUCGACCUUCGAGGAGAGGACGGUGGAGCUGAACAUCGUGUCGGCGGUGGAUCUGAAGAAGGUGAAGACGCUGGGCGAGCAGCAUUGCUACGUGGUGGCGUUCGUGUACCGCAACCAGCAGAAGGCGACGAAGGCGGACCAGACGGGCGGACUGAAUCCGGUGUGGAACGCGACGCUGGCGCUGACCUGCGACGAGCAGCUGCUGCGCUCGCGCGACUCGUUCCUGACGGUGGAGAUCCACAGCCACGGCACGCUGCGCAACAAGCUGGUGGGCAGCGUGACCGUGCCGCUGCACGAGCUGCUGGCGCGCGACGGCCAGAAGGCCAGCGACCAGGUCAUGGCGUUCCAGGUGCUGCGCCCGUCGGGCAAGCCCAAGGGCACGCUGAACAUGGCCGUGCGCCUGGGCGAGGUGCGCACCGUGCAGCGCUACCAGAGCCAGCAGCAGAUGCCCUUCGGAGGCAUGGGCUUGCAGCAGGGCCAGUACCCCGCCGCGGGCUUCUCCGCCGCCGGCCCCAGCUACCGGCCCCCGUUCACGCCCCAGCCCCAGCAGUAUGGCGCUAUGGGCUACCCCCCGAUGAUGCAGCAGCCCCAGAUGAUGUACGGUGGCGCUUCGAACAUGGGCAUGGGCAUGGGCGGCUACGGUGGGGGAUACGGGGGCUACCCCCAACAGAGGCAACGGCGCAGCGGCGGCAUGGGCUUCGGCACGGGCUUGAUGGGAGGCGCUCUCGGGGGUCUCCUCGUCGGCGAUAUGCUCAAUGACUUCGGGGACAACGACUGCGGCGACUACGGGGGCGGCGACGGCGGCGACAUGGGCGACAUGGGCGGCGAGUAGACCACUCUUCUCCAGCCUCAGACGCCAUUGCUCUCUCUCUCGCUCGCACUCUCGAUCGCUUCUCGUGCGUAUUACUCGCUGUCGAUCGAUUGAGCGAGCGAGAGGUCCUCUUACCGAGAUCGGCGCAAUAGAUUUCCAGCCGAUCUGGUGUCCCAGCUAGAGUGCUUGCCUUCAGACUUGCAGUUGUCGAGUCUGGUCGCUUUUUUCGUCACGCGUCGUCCACGUGUGGAAAUUUCGAGUGACUUUGAAGCUUCGGCCAGAUCAUCGAGGAGUAGAGAUGUCUCCCACGCCAAAAUCCUGAUUCUCAAAGAAGGAAAGGCAUUGUAAUGUCAUGCCAUGAGCAGCUUCCCUUGUACAGAUUUUAUAUACCGUGCGGUAGUCGAGAAGUAUACACUUGCAACCCUCGUUUGAACAGAUAGUUGGGAGGGAUUGUAGAUCACAUUUACGUAAUCGUGCUCAUAGAAGCGCCUCUGCAGUGGGCCGGUAUUGGGAUGAGACUUUAGAUACACAGAUUCUUUAGUGUCCGUCCUUGGGUAAAAGUAGGAGCAGCUGAGAAAGUCAGACGCUGGAUAUGGACUCCGGCCCUCGAUUGUUGGGAACACCCUAGUGGAAAUUGCUGUAAAUGUACAUAGUUUUUUGGUAAGCUUUGGCAAGUAAGCCUUUGGUAAGCCUUGGUACGGCAACAUGGACUGAGUGUUCUUGCAUGCAUCUUUA